AUGUCAACGUUACUUGCGAAAAUAACGUCUACCAGCCAACAACCACGUGCCAACUUCAAGGUUGAUCUGGCUGAGAGCAAUAACGACAACGAAUGCUGUGAAAUGCAGGAAGAGCUACCACUUAGCGUCAGUUCAGCCAGCGCUAAUAAUCGCGCAAAAGCAUCCAAACUACUAGCGUUUUGUCAACAAAUAACUUUACGGAGGGUAUUCCGCCUGAUCGGUUUUAGUAUCGGUUCGUAUCCGCUUGCUUAUGUCAUUGCUGCAAUCAUUAUGUCAGUUAUGUCAUUCGGAAUUUAUUAUCUUAAAUUGGAAGAUCGAGUUCGUGAUGGUUACACACCAACAACAUCACCAUCAAGACGAGAAGCAAAUUUGCUACGAGAAUUCACUAAUUCAUUUGGUGACCCGACAUUAACCACAUUAACGCUGCAAGCUCGUGAUGGUGGUUCCAUGCAUCGUCUGAAGUACUUAGAAGAAGCAGUUCGGUUGCAUCGAUAUUUUAUGGAUAAUUUUACUGUCGAAGUGCCUUCUACCGGUGAACGAUUCGUCUAUAGGGAAAUAUGCGGGUUUUCUUGCAAUGCAAAUGUUGUCAUCGAAUAUUUUCACAGUGCAUUACUGGAAGAGUAUAGGAAGGAGAAAACGGGUGAAAUACGUAGCGAAGCGACCAAUCUCACUUAUCCGAUUGCUAAAAUUACUGGUUUUGAUAUUCAUUUGGAGCGCAAUUUUUACGGCGUCCGUUUACGACCUUAUGCUAAUAGUGGAAAUUUCCGUAAUAGCAGUACCAGCACCAGCAAAACAGAUUCUACAUCUUUUACGGAAGAUACAAUUCUGGAAACGAUCACUAAUAUUGAAUACAUCCAGGUCGUUUUCAUGGUCUUCCAGGGACAGGUAACUAACAGUAAUAUGGAAGCACGGCUUAAUGCAUGGGAAGUAGCUCUGUAUGAAUUUGCCACUCAAACUUAUGUUAAUCAACCAAUAAAAAUAUUGGUGCUUGGAUCAGAAAUAGUCAAUCAGGAACUAAUCAAGGAUUCACAAAGAAUGGCACCUUAUUUUGUUGCUGGUUUCUUGGCUAUGUUUUUGGUUGUUGCUAUCUCAGUACUUGGCAGUGCCUUAUUACUCGGUGUCAUGCAUCCAGCCAAGCUAAUUGUUGCAUUUGGCGUUAUUGCAUGCCCGGUCCUGGCAAUUACCGUUACAUUUGGGCUAUUUUCAUUAGCUCGACUUCGAACGAACACAAUUAUGCUAAUUAUGCCAUUCCUAGUGAUGGGAAUCGGCGUUAACGGAGCAUUUCUAGUAAUCCACUCAUGGCUACGAUCAGCUAGUGAAUGUUCGAUACCUCAGCGACUUGGUUUUGUGUUGGAAGAGGCUGGACCUUCAGUGACAAUUUCCACAUUUACCAAUGUGAUUACAUUUGCUAUCGGUGCAUUAACUCCUACACCAGAAAUAGCAUUAUUUUGUUUGGAAACAGCAAUAGCACUUGCAUUUGCAUAUAUCUUCACAUUGGUCUUGCUCUGUCCACUACUCUAUUUAGCAUCAAUCGUUGAACGAACAAGGAAAAAGCAUGCUGGUUUACCUAUGGUUAUCAUUGGAUUAAAUUUCACAUUGAAAUGCUACUGUCGUUUGAUAACAUCAAAACUGUUCUGUGUGUUGGCUUUCAUUGGUAUCCUAAUCUACUGGUUCUUUGGUAUUAUUGGUGCAAUGAAUAUUGAGACAAGAUUGGAUGUAGAAAAAUUGCUACCAAAAAAUUCACCUUUGCAAGAAGCAAAUGCAAUGAUCUCAGCCAUAGUUUGGAGGGAAUAUUAUCCAGUAACGAUUCUGGUUAAUAGUCCUUUGGAUAUACGAAAUGAACAUGUCCUUAAACGAUUUGAUGCGAUGGUCAAUGAUUUCGAAACAUUGGAAAAGUGUCGAGGGAAAGAAUUUACGCUUCUUUGGUUGCGGGAUUAUAAAACAUAUUGGUGGGAAGCGUUGUUGUAUGAUUUUGAUUAUUUUUCGGAUGAUAAUAUAGCACUAACUACAACGGCUUCAAUAUCAAAAUAUGAGGCAAAUUCUGGGAAGGAAAUGCUUGAUUAUAGCAAAUUGAAUGACUUCCUGUUUUCGCCACUUUAUAAGCACUGGAAAAUUUUUCUAAAGUUGAGGAAUGAUUCUAAUAUACCAGUGGAAAGUUUUUGCUUCGUGGUCACAUAUCAGAAUUUAACCAGUUGGAAGGAACGAAUUGAAUUAAUGCAAAAAUGGCGAAGUAUUGCUAAUUCUUAUAAAGAUUUAAAUGCAUCCGUUUGGGAAGCCAAUUCGAUGUUUGUCGAUCAAAUGCUUUCAUUGAAAACAUUAGCUAUGCAGACCUGUUUCUGGACAUUAAUAUGCAUGGCAGCAGUAUGCGGUUUAUUCAUCCAGAAUCCAUUCAGUGUAACUGUCGCAUCUCUCACCAUUGCAUCCAUAAGUUUCGGCGUGAUUGGAUUUCUGUCUUGGUGGCAUUUGGAUCUCGACCCGGCAACGCUUUGCGCCAUAUUGAUGUGUAUUGGAAUGUCAGUAGAUUUUACCGCUCAUGUAUCUUAUUACCAUCAGCUCGGAGAGAAGAAAGCAAUAAAAGGGAUCAGAAUAACGAAAUCACGACUGGAAAACAAUAAAGCACGCUUAGAAUACACGCUGGAAAGUGUAGCGUGGCCAACGUUGCAAGGUGGAAUCAGUACGGUUGCUUGCAUAAUACCGUUAGCAUUUCUACAGAAUUACAUCCCAUUGGUAUUUGUGAAAACGAUAUCACUGGUGGUAAUUUGGGGUCUAUUUCACGGUCUUGUAUUAUUGCCAACAUUCUUGUCAUCAAUACCUCACUUUUUAUUGGAGUUUAAUUGUUAUCGAGCAAUUUUUGGGAAGCAUCUAUUGAGUGCCACUGCUGCCAUCGAUGCUUAUGGUAGUGGUGGUGCCGGUGAUGCUAGUAGUACCAGUGGUGGCAGAAAGCAAGAAGAUAAGGUUGUUCAUGAUAAGGGAGAUAUACAUAUGAAUGCCACUGAAUUACGGAUACUACGAACUAACGAAUAG